AAAUAAUGGACAGAGUGAACCAAGUGAUCCCAGUGGUCUCUUCUUUCCUAUCCAGAAAAAGAAAAUAGAUUUUUUGAAGCAAUCAACCGAAACUGAUUUCUCUUUCGUUGCAAAACUAUGGCUGCAAAAUCCCAGUUAAUCACAGGAUUGACCUUGCCAUUGCCACCGCCGCAUUCCACCACUUCGUCUUCUUCUUCUUCCUCCAACCACAGCAGCAGUAGCACUCUCUCUAUGGUCAACCGGCCACAUCUCACGACGUCGUUUUUCAAUGGCGGAGUUAAAGCUCUAAAAGUUAGGAUAAGGACUAAUUCUUCAACUAGGUCCCAUUGCUAUAGACAAGGUGGAGGUGCUCUUGGCACUCGUAUGAACCUUUUUGAUCGGUUCGCUAGAGUUGUCAAGUCAUAUGCAAAUUCAAUCUUGAGUAGUUUUGAAGACCCGGAGAAAAUUCUAGAUCAAACAGUGCUUGAAAUGAAUGAUGACUUGACAAAGAUGCGUCAGGCCACAGCACAAGUAUUGGCAUCUCAAAAACGUUUGGAGAAUAAAUACAAAGCUGCAGAACAAGCUUCUGAGGAUUGGUAUCGUAAGGCGCAGCUUGCUCUUCAGAAAGGAGAGGAAGAUCUUGCACGUGAAGCACUUAAAAGACGUAAAUCUUAUGCUGAUAAUGCUAAUUCCUUGAAAGCUCAACUGGAUCAACAGAAAAGUGUUGUUGAGAACCUUGUCUCUAAUACUCGGCUUCUGGAGAGCAAGAUACAGGAGGCAAAGUCUAAGAAAGAUACACUGAAAGCACGCGCUCAGUCUGCAAAAACUCAAACCAAAGUGAAUGAGAUGCUGGGGAAUGUGAAUACAAGUAAUGCUCUUUCAGCUUUUGAAAAAAUGGAAGAGAAAGUAAUGGCAAUGGAAUCAGAAGCAGAAGCCCUUGGCCAGUUAGCCACAAGUGAGCUGGACGGAAAGUUUGCAUUGCUUGAGAGCUCAUCAGUUGAUGAUGAUCUUGAGAAUCUGAAGAAAGAAAUCUCCGGCAGCAAAAAAGUAUAUCCAAAAACCUAAAGAGGAGAAUUACCGCCCGGAAGAACAAUUGUCAGCAGCGGGAUUCGAGAUCCUGAGAUCGAGAUGGAGCUCAAUGAAUUGAGACAAAAGAGAAGGGAAUACUAAAAUUAUUUCCUUUGAAUGUGCAAAAACUGGAAUCCAUAUCUCCAGGUACAAAAGCCGGAGUUGGUCUUCUCUUCUGCUAAAAUAUUAGAUUUUACAGUUGAAAUCCAAACAGAAACCACUGUAUAGUCGCACCAAACUUGAAUAAACUAGUAAUUUCUUUUCCCCUUCUUCCAUGGAAUUGUAAUCUACAUGCAUUUCUGUUGCAGCAAACCAUGUGAUUUAGCUUGUAGCUGCAACAGCUUUUUUUUAGUAUUUUAGCCUUCAAAAUUUGCAGCAAAUCAAGAAUUUCUUGUGUAGCAGUUGCUGCUGACUUCCAUGGAUGCAGUCAGGUCCACAGCAGUAGGCUGCUGGUCAAGUUAUGAUGGCUUGUAUUGCUGUUAAGAGGUAUGAAUUGUGUGAUUCUGCUAUGUGAUCUUGCUUCUGUAAACAUGGCAAUUUCUUUACAUUUUACUUCAAAGUCUCCCUUCAACAA